UUCCUCGCAUUUCAAGAUUUUCAUUUUUGUAGUGGUCUUUCAUUUUGUAGUGGAUCAUUUUUUAAAAACUACUCUUACGUUGUCAUAAUUGAAUGACAAUUGGCAUUGUGAACAAACUAACAAGUGUGAUCAGAUUUGUUUUUCAUCCCUUAAUUUGUAAAAUCACGCAUUUUGCCAUAACUAGACGUGAAACAACCAGAAAAAAGAAAAAUUGAAAAGUGGGGGGUUGAAAAAGAAAAAGAGCCAAUUUUAAAACAAUGCCAGCCGUAAUUUUCAAGUCCUUGUUAAAAAGUUAAUAAUAGCGAAGUUUUGCAAACAUGCGCUACUAAUGAAGAUAUAAACCAUUGAUUUCUUUCUCCGACAUUUAUUUGUCGAUGUUUGUACUUUUAAGAGAGCAAGUAACUCGGUUAAGCUAAUGAAUAUCUUAUGUUACCAAACAUACCAAAUCUGAAAACUAAUCAAUUAUUAAAACACCAGUUUUAACUAUUAAUCUUAAAGUAUUUGGGUUCUCUUAAUGUAAAUCAAAGAUAAAGAUUGGAUAUCUUAAGUCAUUUUACUAAUCUUGUCGCGCAUUCAUUUAAUAGCAUUUCGAACAAACGACAGAUUAUAACACCUGAACCUAACCACGUACAACCUGGAGAGUGGGUCUGAUUUGGUUAUAACUGGGUUAUUACAAUUCAGUUAUGAAUAGUUUCAACUGCUUACUUAUCGGAGAUGGCGGAGUGGGGAAGACGGCUCUUGCCAGUGUGUUCACGCAGAAUAUUUACCCGGAAGAGAGAAUCCCGACGGUCGUUGACUUCAUGUCUCGAAAUCUGGUCCACAACAACCAGCCAGUGAAUUUGACUGUGCAGGACUCUGCAGGCCAGAAGGACUACACCAGAGUCAGACUCACCCAGUACCCAGCCUGCAACAUCAUCAUUCUCUGCUUCGCAGUCAACGACAAAAACAGUGUUGAAAACGUGAAAUCUUAUUGGCUGCCCGAAGCACGACACAAUGCACCUUCUAAACCCAUCAUACUAGUCGGAACGAAAGCAGACACGAGACACGAUAGCCAAAUACAAUCGUCAUAUUUGAUCAGCAAAGACCAGUCGGAACAACUUAAAAAGCAGUGCGGUGCUUGCUUAUACGUCGAAUGUUCCGCCAAGGAUAGAUCGAAUGUAGAUUUAGUAUUUGUUAGUGCGAUUAAAGUAUUGAAGGGAGAGAUAGUACAAAAUCCGAAGCCAAAGCUCAAAAUAUGUGAUAUCCUGUAGACUUCAUUAAUCUGUAAUAAAAGUUACUUCCUUGUUGUCAAGAGAUUCAUCAAACUGGGAAAACAGGGUUAAUGCCAGGAACCCUAUUUUCAGAUAGUCGCAUUAUGAAGUUUUCUAUAUUUUUCGUUCCUCCCGUUAGCUGUUCUCAGAGUCCGGAAACGGUCGUCUAUUUUCAAACUCUAAUUGUGUGUUUCUUUUUAAAUCUCGCUUCUCAGUUUUGUUUUCGAAUUUAUAAUUCAACUGAUA